AUGACGACCAAAGAACCACCUUCUAAUGACCACGUCGAGUCCGCGGACAUCAUCGCACCUGUAGUCGAUGAACCGCCCAAGACUACCCCCACCGGCGAGAAGGCCGCGCAGUUUCUGGCCGCCGUCGGCGGAGACCGCACAUUCACGCCGGAGGAAGAGAAGAAGGUGCUGCGACGGAUUGAUCUGCGUGUUCUCCCGCUGCUGCUGGGUGCAUAUUUCUUCCAGCAGCUCGACAAGUCCAGUUUGUCCUACGUUUCUAUCUUUGGGCUGGUUGAGGAUGCAAAUCUCGUCGGUCAGCAGUAUUCAUGGCUAGGCUCCAUCUUGUAUAUUGCCCAGCUGGUUAUGCAGCCAGUCGCAGCAUUGGUUCUCGUCAAGCUUCCCACUGGAAAGGUUAUCGGCUCAGCAAUCUUUCUCUGGGGUUCAUCGCUGGCGAUCAUGGCCGCCUGCACUGACUUCCCCAGCCUCCUGGGGCUGAGGUUUUGUUUAGGCGCGUUCGAGGCAAUGAUAGCCCCCUCCUGCAUCGCCGUAACGCAGAUGUGGUGGCGGAGAGGAGAGCAGACAUGGCGGGCUGCCCUCUGGAACGCGAUGAACGGAGUAACUGCAAUCGUCGGGAGCCUUUUCACAUACGGCCUCGGUCACAUACAGAGCGACACUUUGUAUUCUUACCAGACCAUCUUCCUCCUCUGCGGUCUGUUGACCGUUCUCUACUCCGUCCUCGUUCUGAUAUUCAUGCCCGACUCCCCCAUGGAAGCCAAGUUCCUCGGUGAGCGCGAAAAGGUCAUCGCCGUCGAGCGCCUACGCGCCAACCAAAUGGGCAUUAUAUCACGCGAGUGGCGCUGGGACCACGUCUGGGAAACAUUACUCGACGUGAAGACCUGGAUCUGGUUUAUACUCAUCAUUGCUAUCUCCGGCGGAAUCAGCACAUUCGGCAGCCUUAUCAUCACAUCCUUCGGAUAUACAAAUUUCGAUGCAAUCCUGUUCAAUCUCCCCUUCGGGGCCGUGCAGGUUGUCAUUAUCCUAGGGGGCGGGUGGCUCGCGACCAAGCUGCGCACGAAAGGGCUGGUGAUUGCCGGGAUUGCGAUGAUUGCUGCAGUGGGCACGAUUCUCCUUCUUACUGUGUCAAGAGAGCAGAAGGGCGUGCUUCUGUUUGGAUACUACCUGGUAUCCUGUCUCGCGGGAAUCACGCCGCUGGUCUACGCCUGGGAAGCUCAGAAUACCGCGGGUGAUACGAAGAGGAAGUGCACGUCGGCUGUUGUUUUGAUCGGCAUGUGCACUGGGAAUGUUAUCGGCCCUCAACUCUACUCUUUGGACCAGGCACCCGAGUAUCGGCCCGGCUUGAUUUCAAACCUGAUCAUGUUUGUCCUUGUUGCUAUAAUUGCUAUUAUCGCGGACGUAUACCUCUACUGGCUCAACAAGCGCCACGCAAAGAAACGAGAAGCACUCGGUAAGACCGCACAGAUUGUCGAUGAGUCCAUGCUUGGAAAGAACAAGAUUCAGGCGAGCAAGGCUGCUGAAGUGGAAGAUGCUGGGAAGGGGGAGAGCCCUGGGGUGGACAAGGGGUUCUUGGACAUGACGGAUUUGAAGAAUGAGGAUUUCAUCUACGUAUAUUAG